UAUUUAACUAUUACCCUUGAACAAAUCGUGUUCUUCUGUCUGUAAAUACUCAGUUUACGACGUUUAAAAUGCCCUGCACUCAAAUUAAAGUUAUGCCUUCAAUUUUAUGUCCAUAGAUAGUAAUAAAAAAUAUUGCAACACCUGACUUGUUAAGCAAACGAAAUUCGUUCAUCGUUGAACGUAAAUAAUGUAAUAAUAAUAAUAAUAUAUCACAGGAACAAAACACAGCCUAACAUGAUUGUGUUUUGAUGGUGCGGACUAUGAAAAUAUUAUUCAAAAUGAAAACAAAAUUAUAUAACUCACUAAUCUUUAUGAAUGUUCGUUAGAUUACCCUAAUUAAUAAUGAAGACAAGUUAAUAAUUAUAAUCUAUGCUCGUAACAUAACAGUCACCUUGUACAAACUUAAUAGUUACGUAAAGUAAUGUCGGAUAAUGUAAGUAGUACAAGGUUAUUCAGUGUAAGUUCAGUGUACUGAUGCAUCGAAAUAUUAGUGUCUACCGGUCUUAGCAACCUGAAGUAAAAGGAGAUAAGAAAAAGAAAACCGUACCUCCUAUAAUUAUUAUGAACACAAUUCAAUGCCAAGUUCAAGCGCGUCUGUCAUUAUACGAUCAAAAUGUAUAUGGUUAAACUGGGCGGGAAUCGUAUCGAUCUCUCGCAUAUAUAAAAUGUGUGAUGAAGGCGCGCGGCUCAAACAGUCGAAACACACCGCAUCAUGCACGCGUACAUCGCGCUCGUAGUCAUCGUGGCGGCGCCCGCGCUCGCCGCCCCAGGAGACCGCCUCGGAUACGACCGAGAAAUCGACAGUGCCAGACACAAACAAAUCCCGAAACAUCACGAUUACGUUCUAAACGAAGAGUAUUUGGCGUCACAGAAGAACAGGGCCAAACUCAUCACCAGAAUAAGACCCGACGAACCUGUAGUGGCAGAUAAUGUUAUUUUGGAAUCGAACGUGGUCAAGAUAGUGAGACCCUCGAAGAGGGAAGUGGAACGCGACAUCGGUACGGCACUAGUGCGAUUAAGGCGCGGAUACAACUUGGAAAAUGUUAGAGUACCAGCAAGAUAUCCGUAUCUGGCGGUGCCUAAAUACUACCGCAACCGUCAUUGGGGCUAGUAGCCGAGUGGUGUUAAGUCGCGACGGCCAGCCGCGCAUCCUCCUAUGUCAAGGCUACGCUGAAACCACUAUACCUGUGAAGACGGCGAUUCGCGUCUAGAGCGCAUCUCUUAUGCAGUGUGCGCGUAAUUCGCUAACACGUCUGUUUAGUUGUUGUGUAUUAUGUAUUUACAAAGUGGCUGUGAACGAGAGCUCGUUUGAUGCAGUUAUACUAGCAACGUUUCAGCAACGAUUUACAGAAUAGACUCUCAUGAACUUAAGAGCAAAGCUAAUUAUUAUAUUAACAAAAUAAAUACUUAGAGUAAUAAAAAUGUUAUUGAAAUUUAAAA